UCAUGACUUCCCUCCCUCUCUCUUUGACAAACACAUACUUCUUUUCUGAUUCUCUCUCAUUCUUUCUUACACUUUCCCAUUCCAUCAUCUCUUGUCCUCUCUGUCUCCUGAUUCUCAUCCCAUUCUUCAAAGCAACAACAGUCAUAAUCCCAAUCCAAAAAGAAGAAAAUUUAUACUAAAACAAACAUUUUUGCACAGUAUCCCACACCCUAAACAAAGAUUUUUCAAAACAAAACAAAGAAAAAAGCAAAAGCAUACACAACAAACAACUAUACUUUGUUGCUACAAUGCUUGAAUCUCCGGUGACCCAUCACCGGAAACUAUGACUACUGCUCAGCAACAUCAACCAAUUUCACCUAUACACAAAAUGCAAGAUACCCUUAAGUUGAAAACUCUUAGAAGAAGUUAUAGCCUCUGUUCUCGUGCAUCUAAUAAUACUAAGUUUUCUGAAUCUCAAUCUUCAGAAGAGGAAGAGGAGGAGGAAGAAGAAGUUUCAUCAUCUGAAGAGGAGAAAUCUAGCUUUGGAAUUCCUCAAUCUCAAAUGGGUACUCAUCGGAAUCGUUCUCCUGUGAGUCUCCGGCGAGUUUCACCGGAGAGUAUGAUGAUUUCACCAAAUAGUUCAAUGGCUGGAGAGGUUGAAAAUGUUGAGAGGACUUUACCAAAUGGGGAUUAUUAUACUGGGACUUUUAUGGGGAAUGUACCUCAUGGGAAUGGUAAGUAUUUAUGGUCAGAUGGGUGUAUGUAUGAGGGGGAAUGGAAGAGAGGGAAAGCAACUGGAAAAGGUAGGUUUUCAUGGCCUUCAGGAGCAACUUAUGAGGGAGAAUUUAAAGGGGGCAGAAUGGAAGGGUUUGGGACAUUUACUGGUACAGAUGGGGAUACCUAUAGAGGAAUGUGGGAAGGAGAUAAGAAGCAUGGAAAAGGGGAGAAGUUAUAUGCAAAUGGGGAUAAUUAUGAAGGAAAUUGGAGAGAUAAUGUGCAAGAUGGUGAAGGAAAAUAUGUUUGGAGAAAUGGGAAUAUCUAUAUUGGAGAAUGGAAAAAGGGGGUAAUUUUUGGGAAAGGGAUUUUGAUUUGGGCAAAUGGGAAUAGGUAUGAAGGGUAUUGGGAAAAUGGGAUUCCUAAAGGUGCUGGGGUUUUUACUAGACCUGAUGGUAGUACUUAUGCAGGAAAUUGGGGUAACAAUGGUACUGAUAAUAGUAUUGAUAGUCAUAAUGAUAAUGUGGUUGAUGUUAAUGGAGUGAAUUUGGUACCAACAAAUGCUAAUAGGAAUGAAUCAGUUGAAGGAAGGAUGAGUGUUUCUGAUAGAGGGGUAAAUUUUCCUAGGAUUUGUAUAUGGGAAGCUGAUGAAGAUGCUGGGGAUAUUACUUGUGAUAUUAUUGAUAAUUCUGAGGCUUCAAAAUUGUAUAAGGUUUCUAGUCAUAAGAAGAGUCCUAAGGGUUCCAUGAGUAGGAGUCAAAGUCCUAGGCAUUGGCAAUAUGGUAAUCAUAAUAAUGGAAGUUCAACUCCUUAUUGGUAUGGAGGUGGGUGUGAUGAGAUUAAGAAGCCUGGCCAGCCGAUUUCGAGAGGGCACAAGAAUUAUGAGCUUAUGCUUAAUUUGCAAUUGGGUAUCAGGCAUUCGGUUGGGAAGCAUGCAUCAAAAACUCGAGACCUUAAGGCUUCCGAUUUUGAGCCAAAAGAGAAAUUUUGGACUAGGUUUCCUCCAGAAGGAUCCAAACACACACCUCCACAUCAAUCAGUUGAUUUUAGAUGGAAAGAUUAUUGUCCCAUGGUGUUCAGAUAUUUGAGAGCACUAUUUGGAAUUGAUCCAGCUGAGUAUAUGGUAGCUAUUUGUGGAAGUGAUGCUUUGAGAGAGUUCUCAUCCCCAGGAAAGAGCGGGAGUUGCUUCUAUCUAACGCAAGAUAAUCGUUAUAUGAUUAAAACUGUCAAAAAGGCCGAGGUUAAGCUGCUCAUUAAGAUGUUGCCAAAGUACUAUGAUCAUGUUUCCAAGUACAAGAACACCUUGGUGACCAAGUUCUUCGGCGUGCAUUGCGUCAAGCUAAAAGCGGUAGGAAGUCAGAAGACACGUUUUAUUGUGAUGGGAAACUUGUUUCACUCUGAGUACCGUAUUCAUAAAAGAUUUGAUCUAAAAGGUUCUUCCCAUGGUCGCUCAAUCGAUAAACCCGAAGGUGAAAUUGACGAGACUACAACCCUUAAAGACCUUGACCUGAAUUUCGUGUUCCGCCUUCAGCAUUGUUGGUUCCAAGAACUCAUGAGGCAAGUUGAUAAAGAUUGUGAGUUUCUAGAGACAGAGAAAAUCAUGGAUUAUAGUCUUUUGAUCGGCCUUCAUUUUCGUGAUGACUGUCUAAGUAAUGAGCGAGGGACAUCACCUACCGUUAGAGGUAUGAAUCAAGAUAAACAUUCUCCUGGAGAGUAUGAGAUACUAAAGCAGGAUAUAAACAUCAUUAUGGAAGGAAAACAGAUCAUGGGAAUGUCUCUAUCAAGCUUAUUAAUUUGUCACGUAUGGCUAGAUUUUGGUCUCCAUACUUAGUAGCUGGCCAUUAAACCAUGAAUAUACUGACUAAAAGUGCAAGGAACUUGGCUUAUUCGUCAAAAUAUUUUCAAUUCAUGCAUGACUUGUAAGUGAUGGUACAAUUUAAGUUGAACUGUCAAAGAAUAUUGGAAGAAUUCAUAAUUUUGGUAGUUUUGACAGGCUGUAUCUUGCUUAGCUACCCUUCUGAAAUGCUGAAAUUGAUUUAUAAUAUAGUUGGUUCCUUUAAGUAGUGAUGUACCAGUCAGGCGUAACUCACUCCUAUCAAUAAGAAUGGUUUAAGCGGUCCAUGAAACUAUCUGACUUGUCUAUUUAUGUUAUAUUAUUAAUCCUUUUGGCCGGUUUAAUUACCUGUUGUUAUCAUCACUUAUGUGUAGUCCUCUCCGGUUGUUAGGAGUUGGAGUUUGCUGCAUUUAGACUUUAGAGGUGUUCAAAAUAGAUUCGAUGACUUAAUAUUCACCCCACCUUAUAACCAGAUUUGACCCGACAUGAAAAUGGAUUUACCAUUAUGCAAAAACAAAUGUGGACACAAUGCCCAAUUUUGAACCGAUCUAAAAUCCCUCGAAAUCGACCAUAAUGUACACCUCUAGCUGCAUUCUUACAAAUAUUAUCUGAGUGUUUCCUAAAAUAGUUUGUUGGACAAUUUUAGCAUUUACAGCUUAUUUAUGUAUAAAUUAAUCGGUCAAACCAUCUAGUGUAUGGUAAUUUAGUCGGUCAACAAUAAUGAUAAAUUUGUUAGUAGGCUUGUACACAAUAAGACCGCAAGAGAGAAGAGUUGACUGCAUACAAAUUCGAUGAAGUUUCUUCUUAAAAUCAAUUGAUAUUAGGAGGAGUAGCCCAUUAAGUAUAUAUGAUAGUCAACUUUCUCUCUAAUUUUUCGAUGUGUGAUCACAGGUGGGUUAUUUUCAACGAAUAGGAACUACCCCGUAAAAAAAAAUGAUUUUGUCAAAUCAUCAACGCCAAUUAACUAUCUAUCAGUUAUUAGCCAUUUGCCAAACAUUCCCUAUAAUAUAGUAUUUCCUAGACUAAACUUGUUUAGACUGAAAACGAAUAGAAACCGUAGAACAUGAUUAGGUCUUUUUUAUUUAAGAUCCAAAUACCCAAGUUUAUAUGGUGAUUAGGUACAUGAAUAAACAAAAAAAAAAAGCAAGAAUAUGUCAGAAUUUUGAGACUUAGUCAGAUUAUGAUAGUAGUUACCAUGAUCAUCGCAAUUCAUAUUAUAAUAUACCAGUACGUGACUGUUAGAUGGAGUAGUUAUUAUUCUAA